AUGGUGAAUACCAUCAAUCAAGUCGCCUCCGACGAGAACAUCAGAGCUGUCAUUUCGUUCGACAAUAGCCUCAGUGACUGUAGCCCCAACAUCAAAAAUGGCCUUAUCACCAAGACUAUCCUAUCAGGGAGACGAGUGUUUGUCAUCUGCAUUCUGGGCAAGAUCCCAAUAAAGUAUCUCCGGGUGUUGCUUGAAGAAGAUCUUGUUACGGACUCUGAACUUCCUAUAGCACAGAAGAGGGUCACCUCAGGAUUUGCAAAUUCACCUUACCUCCUCGCAAGCUUCCUCCGCGCCCAAUUCCGGCUGGAAGGUCUAUCUCAGAUGCCAACACAGGGACGAUUUCAUCAGCAAAUCGAUGAAGCCCACACUGUUCCUAUCUCCGUCAAAAGUCGCCUAUACGAUAGCUUACGGUCGAGCGUCUACGAGAUGCAGAUCAUGUUUCCCGGAACUAAUUUCCCUUUACCCCCAGGCCAAGAUCUCGUCAUCAAGCAAGCAUAUCCGCAUGCAACCGAAUGCGGUACGGAGCGCGAAUUCCUCCAAGCGCUUGCCGAUAACAACAUCUCACAUCCACAUAUUGUGACUUCCUAUACUGGCUUUCAGUUCAGGACAGGACAUUACGUCGUCAGCGAGCGCGGCUCAGGAAACCUUUUGAAGUUCAUGCCGAAGUAUACUGACGGCGCUCAAGCAGGUCUUGACUAUGACUGGGUUGUUCGUCAGUUCAUGGGCCUCACAGACGCUCUCUCAAAGAUACACGGGCCUACUACGAAAGGUAAUAACGGGCUCUACCGCAACAUUGGACUCGACAAUAUCCUGGUCUUCGCCAAGAACGAUCUGAAUCUGCAAGACAGUACCCUGAAGUUCUGCGGCUGGAGUUGUGCAAAAAUGACUGAUAGAGAACGGAAUGAAGAAACCAGUGAAGCAUCAAGCGAACAAGCAAGCGACAAGCCGGUUAUUGGAACCUACAAUGAAAACAAACCGUCGGAGGUCAUUCGUGGCUGGAACAUCGCAGUAUCUCGUGAUAUCGAGCGCCUAGGGCUGGCCUUUCUCGAAGUACUCGUAUGGUUCCACGAGGGUGAAGUCAAGAUGAGUGACUUCGUGGAGCAGCACCGAUACCGUUGGAAUGAUAUUGUCCCAGGAGGGCUGAAGCUUGCACGUACCGUGCAGCAGAAGAUAAAAGAGAUUGGCGAUAGAGGCGCUGAGUGGAAGACUGUGGUCGAUAUCAUCGGCCAAAUGCUACAGGUGAACGUGGUGAAUACUAGUAGAGCAAGUGAUGUAGUCACUGCUCUGGGUAGCCUCUUAGACACUUAG